AUGCUUAAUUUUCUGCAAAAUACAUAUUCCAGGAGGAUGAAUUUUCCUGAUCAAGACAUACUGGGCCAGGCUUUUGAAGAUGCACUAGAAGUACUGCAGCAGCAAUCUGACAAAGAAAUGCAGUAUUCACAAGGUUAUAAAAAUUGCCUGACUCUGAUCAACCAUCACUCUCACCUCCGAGCAAGUCCCAGCUACUCUGCAGCACCAUCUACAGAAGACCCAGGAUAUAGUUGGAGAAAUAUGAUAAACAGUUCAGGGGAUCUUUAUGCAGAUGAGACUGUCUACCGUAUGCUGCAGAAUACUCCAGAAAGCCAAGUGAUGCAUGCUGCUGGUGGCCAGCCAAAAGCAGGGAAAGGUAGAAAAAAACUCCGUCUGUUUGAGUACCUCCACGAGUCUCUGUAUGAUCCAGCUAUGGCAAACUGCAUUCAAUGGGUGGAUAAGCCCAAUGGUGUCUUCCAGUUUGUCUCCAAAAACAAGGAGAAACUUGCAGAGUUGUGGGGAGAAAGGAAGGGAAACCGCAAGAUCAUGACAUAUCAGAAAAUGGCCAGAGCACUGAGGAAUUAUGGAAGAACAGGUGAAAUAAUCAAAAUUCGAAGGAAGCUGACAUACCAGUUCAGUGCUGUUGUUUUACAGAGACUUGCUCCAGCCUAUUUCUUGGGAAAAGAAACUGUUUAUCAUCCAUACAUUCAGCCUAAUCAAGAAUAUCAGUGUGCAGACGACUGGAUUAACUACAACAGUUACAUGUAUAACAAUGGUUAUGCAUUACAGCAUGCUAACAGCUAG